AUUUAGAGGCCGGCCCUCUCUUGCUAAUCCUCUGAACUUGACGAAGAAUAAUUCUUCAUCUCGAAAUACCAGUACCUGAAGACAAAAUUGUGGAUUCAUAGUCUUCGUCUUGAUGGUUACUUCUUCAACAAGUAUUUUUGUUGAUGAAAAUGGAGACUUGAUGUACUAGUCCUGCACUUUUGAGUAAGGAGUCUAGAGGCCUAGGAAAGAUGGCUGGAAACUAUAGGUUUGUGAUGGACCAGAAAGAUAUUGUGAGGACAUUGAUUACAACUGUGGGAAGUUUUACACAAGAUCGGUUGAUCAAUAAAGAGCAGAGAAUCCAGCACAAAGAACAGUGUGCAGAGAGAUUGGCAGCCGAGGAUGGAAGCACAGACAAGGAUAUGGAGGUUCGGUACUCUGAUCAAGCUGUACUAGCAAACUUAGAUUGGGGGAUUGAAGCCCUUGAAGAAGCUAUCAACACGUCGAAUGUGGAAACCAAGCAUGCACGGUUGGACUAUGCAGAGAAGAUGCUUCAAGUUUGUGCCAUGCUGACUUCUGAUCAGAAAACUGCUGGUGUCCCCAAUUCCUACCUCUCUGCAUGGGCUCAUUUAAACCUGUCCUACCUUUGGAAACUGCGUAACAAUGUUCAUAAUCCAGUUCUUCAUAUUCUUCAGAUGUUUAUUAUCGAUCCCUUUUUUGCAAGGAUUGAUUUUGCUCCUGAACUUUGGAAAGAGCUGUUCCUCCCACACAUGAGCUCAAUCCUUGGGUGGUAUUCAGAAGCUAGGCAUAGGCUUAUGAUGGAAGUAAUCCCUGAUUCUUCUGAUCUGUCAUUUACUGCUGAUUUUGAUCAAUUCUUCAAUGAAUCUUUGAUUUUCUCCAUGAGGCCAGACCAAGUUGAGAAACUGAAGAAAUUGGAGCAACUUUACGGAGAAUCAUUAGAUGAGAAUACGCGGUUGUUUGCUAAAUACUAUAAGGACUGUAUGAAUUCUGAUUCAACUGCUAGCAAGAAAGUAAUGGCUCCUAUGUUACCGAUUGCUGAGCCACCAAUGACUCCUCUACAUGAGGUGAGCCGGUCAAUCCCUGAUUAUGUAAAAUUUGGUCCUAUAUUGCCUAAAAGUGCCGGCUUCUCUCCAGUUCUCAAAUCUAAACAUGGCAGAAGAGAAGGAAACAACAGAAUGAUGAGUGCAACUUCAGUCUACUCAGAGAAUAUGGAUGAAUCUGCUGCAUGGGAUCCUCACGAUGGUGUGCCUGAGGAAAAUGAAGAUGAUUCUGAGUAUGAGCCCAGUGAUGCUUCUAUUGACUAUGGGGACCAAAGUAAUGAGGUUCAAUCUAGCAAAGGGAUGAAAAUGACCAAGGAUGUGGAAAUCGGAUCAACUCUGCAACCCACAAAACUUAGGAAUCGAACACAUUCCCCCUCAAUCUUUUCACCUGUAGACUCCCCCAAAACCUCUUCCUCUAAAAAUUCAUCUCCGAAACCUGAAGUGAAUUCCAGAAAGGAAUCAAAAUCUAUAUUGCGUCUUUUAUCCUGCCGCAUCACAGAUUCUAGUGAUCCUACCUCUUUGCCUAUCUCGCCAUGCAAGAGUAAUGACCACAGCAUAAGCUCAGCAGAGUCGGAUGGUGGAGUGAUAGAGAUGCAGAAAAGUUGUAGGAAGAACCGUGGUCGAGCUCGUAGUAUGAGUUACGAUAAUGUGAAUAUCCAAACAUUGGAACAUGGUUCUCAAAAUGAAAGCAAUGAAGGUAACCACAGCUGUGUUUCCCUCCCCUUAUCUGAGAAGCUGACACCGCAGCCAAGACCACCAAAAGAUUUUGUCUGCCCCAUCACGGGACAGAUUUUCAAUGACCCUGUUACACUGGAAACAGGUCAGACAUAUGAAAGAAAAGCAAUUGAAGAAUGGCUAAAUAGAGGGAACACAACAUGCCCCAUUACUCGGCAACCUCUCUCUUCAAGUGCACUGCCUAAGACAAACUAUGUUUUGAAGAGGCUUAUAACAUCUUGGAAAGAGCAGCAUCCUGAACUUGCUCAGGAAUUUUCAUACUCUGAAACACAGAGGAAUUCAUUCAGCUCUCCCUUAGGGAAAGAAAUUGUAUUGGUUUCCCCAUCACCCAAAUCAUCCAAAGUCCCUGGUUGCAAAAGUAUAGAUGAUUAUGUUAACCAAAGGAGCAAAAGAUUUAUACAAGCAGCAGUAGCUACAUCACCGACCAGUGUGAUAUCUCAAGCUGCUGUUGAGACAAUUAUCAAUGGACUAAAACCUUUUUUGUCAUGUCUUUGUACUUCAAACAAUUUACAAGAAUGUGAAGCAGCAGUACUGGCAAUUGCUAGAUUAUGGAAGGAGUCAAAGGGUGAUGCCGCAGUUCAUUCUUAUUUAUCCAAACCAACAAUUGUUAAUGGGUUUGUGGAGAUAUUGUCUGCUUCUUUGGACAGAGAAGUUCUCAGAACAUCAAUAUACAUCCUUUCAGAGCUAAUUUUCACUAAUGAAAAUGUUGGGGAGACGUUGACCAGUGUAGAUUCUGAUUUUGAUUGUUUGGCUGCUCUGCUAAAGAAUGGCCUAGCUGAGGCUGCUGUUCUUAUAUACCAACUGAGGCCAGCAUUCGCUCAGCUUUCAUCUCAUGACCUUGUCCCCUCCCUUGUCCAGAUAGUACUGCACAAAAAUGAAGAAUCGGAUGAUCUUCCGUCAGUAAUGGAACCCUCAGAUGCUGCUAUAGCAAUGCUUGAACAAAUAUUGAUGGGUGGGGAUGAAAAAAGUAGGUCCUUCAAUGCCUUAAUUGUAAUUUCUGAAAAUGGAAUUCCUCGCCUGGUCAAGUGUCUGGAUAGGAUGGACAUAAGGAGGUCUAUUAUUUCCAUACUCCUGUGUUGUAUGAGAGUUGAUAAAAGUUGCAGGAACCUGAUAGCAACUGGAAUUGAGCUUUCUUAUGUUCUUGAGUUAUUUCAUGCUGGCAAUGAUAGUAUACGAGGCAUAUGCAUAGAUUUUUUGUUCGAAUUGGUUCAGCUGAAUAGGAGAACUCUCAGCAAUCAGAUCUUGGACAUAAUUAGAACUGAAGGAGCAUUUAGCACUAUGCAUACUUUCCUUGUCUAUCUUCAGAUGGCCCCCAUGGAACAUCAACCUGCCAUUGCCACUCUUCUUCUGCAGCUUGAUCUCCUGGUUGAGCCACGGAAGAUGAGCAUUUAUAGGGAAGAAGCUGUAGAGGCAUUGAUUGAAGCACUCCACAGAAAGGAUUUCCCCAACCAACAAAUGAUAGUUCUAGAUGCACUCCUAUCUCUUUCAGGCCGUUUUACUUCUUCAGGGGAGUCCUAUAUCGAAGCUUGGCUACUCAAAAUGGCAGGGUUUGAUCAGCCUUACAAUGUUUUAAUAAGGACAAACUUGUUGCAAAAAGAUGAAAAAGAUUUGAAUGAAACCAUGGAAGGGGAAGAGAAAGCUGCAUGUUUAUGGGAGAGAAGAGUGGCUUUUGUCCUGUGCAACCAUGAAAAAGGUUCUAUUUUCAAAGCUCUGGAAGAAUGCUUCAAGAGUAAUUCCUUAAAAAUGGCAAAGUCAAGCCUUGUCGUUGCCACAUGGCUCACUUACACGCUUUCAACACUGCCUGAUACUGGAGUAAGAGAGGCUGCCCGUGAAUCUUUGCUCGAUGAAUUUAUAAAUGUCCUCCAAUCAUCUAAGAACUUGGAGGAGAAGAUUCUGGCAGCCCUUGCUUUGAAAACCUUUAUCAGUGAUCUAGCUGCCCUUGAAGAAUUGGGAAAGUAUGCUAAAUGCAUCUACAAAACUUUGAGAAAGCUCAAGAGGAAUUCAGUUGUGGCCACUGACAUACAGAAAGCUUUAAUGAAUUUGUCAUCCGUCAAUGCAACAGAGUUGUGGAGUUGUACUGACGUCGUAGAACUAGAUACAAGCACAAAUGGUGAGGUUCUGUGUAUGCUUCAUCAGAAGGGUUGUUUGAUAACCAGUCACUCAGACGGAUCCAUAAAGGUUUGGGAUGCUGGGAAAAGGGGUUUAAGGCUGGUUCAAGAAGCUCGUGAGCACAUGAAGGCUGUUACAUGCUUGUAUGUCCCAUCUUCAGGUGAUAGACUAUACAGUGGCUCCUUGGACAAAACUAUUCGGAUAUGGGCACUCAAACCUGAAGAAAUUCACUGUAUUCAAGUUCAUGAUGUGAAAGAGGCAGUGCAUGAUUUGUCAGCCAAUUCUAAAUUUGCAUGUUUCAUUUCUCAAGGAAAUGGAGUUAAGGUGUAUAAUUGGUCUGGGACUCCAAAGCAUAUAACUUUCAAUAAACAUGUAAAGUGCCUAGCCAUAACAGGGAAUAAGAUAUACUGUGGUUGCUCUGGCUACAGCAUCCAGGAACUCGACCUGGGCAGUUCUACAUGGAGCACAUUCUAUUCAGGAACAAGAAAACUGUUGGGGAAACAAACUAUAAAUUCCCUGCAUGUAGAUGAUGGUCUUCUCUAUGCUGGUGGUUCUGCAGUUGAUGGAAUAGCAGGAAAGGUAUUCUCCCAAUCAUCUAAGGCAGUAAUGGGAUCCUUCCCAAUGGGAUUCGACAUCCAACAAAUUGCUGUCAACAAUGACUUCAUAUUUACAGCUACAAAAUGUGGGAUCAUCGAGGUUUGGUUGAAAGAAAGAGUCACCAGAGUAGCUUCCAUUAAAAUGGGCAGCAAGGGGCAUGCAAAGAUUACAUCCUUGGCUUCAGACCUGGAUGGAGGAAUGCUUUAUGCUGGUUCAUCUGAUGGUAAAAUCCAGGCUUGGUCUCUGGACUAAACUGGGUUUCAUUUGUAAAGCGCAACGAAUCAACUCUCAAGUAAAUCAAAUGUUAGCAUCACGUUGGUAUCUUGCUAAGUGAAUUUUCAUUUCUGUAAAUCAUUUUAUAAAGGGCGGGCCAACAUUUUUGUUAA